UGUGGAAUCAAAUGCCGCCAAAGACCAGCUUCGAAGGGAUACCUAAUCUCGACUUUAGGGGUCGGAUAAGGUUCAAAGAGAACAAUCAUAGCGGCCUACCUACCUAGACAAAGAAAAAACUUGGAAACCAUCCAUAUCGGCUCCCUCCCCAAGUGGAGGAAGAUGAUAAAGUCAAGAUACCUGGCAGAAGCCUGUUAUUUCCCAUUAUUAGCAGGUACUUUAAUUAUAUGACAACCUUAUUUAUUUAUGGAAUCACAAGCCCAAAAAUAGUAAGAAAUUCUGUUAUCUUUAUCAUGUAAUCCUAGAUAUAUUUCUUAAUAAUGAUUAGAGGGUAUCUUUCUUUGUACUACUUCUCGAGUCCCGAAUUCUUCGAUACUUAAUGGCUGUCACUGUCACGUGACCCGUUUCGAAGCCACUCGCUCGUCAUUGGUCAAAUUAACCCGUUCCAAUGUGGCUUUCUACCUCAGCUUCCAACUCCUUUGGUAGCCUUGGCCAGUAGCAGGCUACAUCAUCAUCAAGCUAUCAACGUCAACUCUCACGUCGCCCUUGACACUAGAGCUCGCCGACGGCUUCAUAUCCUCACCAUGGCAGAAUCAGAGCUCGCCCCCAAGUUUGCCCCCUUUAUUGGGAUGGUGAGUAUCCCCGCGCUGGCCUUUCUGUUGGUCUGAAACCAGGGGUGGACGCGAAUGCUGAUGCUGCGAGUUUGUAGGCCGGAAUUGCAGCUGCAAUGGUCUUCGGAUGUAUUGGAGCUGCUUAUGGCACAGCCAAGUCUGGCAUCGGCAUUGCUGGUGUCGGUACAUUUAGACCAGACCUCAUCAUGAAGUGUCUCAUUCCCGUCGUCAUGUCCGGUAUUAUUGCCGUUUACUCACUAGUCAUCUCCGUCCUCAUCGCUGAGGAUCUCGACCCAGGCAAGAACUACAGCUUGUUUUCGGGUUUUCUGCAUCUCGGAUGUGGUAUUGCAGUCGGCAUGACUGGUCUUGCCGCUGGUUACUGCAUCGGAAUUGUCGGCGACACUGGCGUUCGUGCUUAUAUGGAACAGUCUAGGAUCUUUGUUGGCAUGGUCCUGAUCCUUAUCUUCGGCGAAGUUCUUGGUCUCUAUGGACUCAUCGUUGCUCUUCUCCUGAACAGCAAGAGCAAGGGUUAGACAAGUCCUAUUCAAUCAACAAUCACAUACCUAUUCUGUCGACCUUUCGUUGAGUGGUCGACUUGUGCGUCGGGGAGGUUUUGAGCUGCCAUCGAGUUACGGAGGCAUACCAUCAUAUGUACAUCGGGCAUGGCGUUAUUGGACGUGUAACAUAUCUUUUGCAAACAGGUAGAGAAAUGGCGGAGAAGUUGACCGUAUCUAGCUUCGAGUAUAAUCACAAAGUCUAUGCUAGCACGAUGUCUCCAACAUGUUGACACAAUACGUCUCAAGGGAGUUUGAAUGUUCAUUUCAUUUGAGGGGUGAGCUACCUAAUACCAGCCCAGGUUCACCAAGCCCUAUGCGACCCUAUGUUCGAGAAUGAGCGACAGAAGAGAAGAAUAUGCUCACGACGACCGUUUCAUGCCAUCGAUCGGAGUGCAUUUGACAAUUUGAGAACCCCCAACUCGCAUGCCAUGCCUUAUCCCGACAACUCAAUAUAGAUCAUCAAAACGCCAUGAGAAUGCGACAAUGUCGUUUCAGCCAACGUAGCAGACAUGACAAUAGCGACCCAGCGCAAUAGAGAUGCAAAAUAAACGAAAAAAAGGCAGAGAUCAACAAAGCAAGAUCAUAGCAAGCGUCGUCCUCCAAUACGGCGGAGCAGCUUCUUUCGGCUCCCAGCCUCCACCUCACGUCUGUACGGAUUUGUAGGAGUCCAGUUCCGCUGCCGGUCAUCCGAGUCUCUCAUUCGAGCUAAUUCAGUGUUAACAGCUGCGACACAACACUCGACAAGCUUGUUUUUUUUUUUUUUUCCAACUUACCUAAGAACCAGUCCCACUGGCGAUCCUCUCGCAGAAGGAUAUCAUCCCCUGACUCUCGUGCAAGUCGCUCUGUACGAGCACGCGCAGCAGCCACCUCGCCAACCAGAUAGGGAUCUUCCAACGGCCUGGUUAUGUAUCGCUCUUGUUCUUGCUCGCUGACAUCGGUCAUGACUCGACGAAGGCUGUCUACGGGAUCUCGCUGAGCAGUCAGUCGUCGGUUCGCGACAUUCUGGUAGUGCCGGGCGUUGGGGUUGCUAGAGACGGAGGACCAUGUCGCGAUACGAAAAUUGUUCAGGUUCGGUUGGGAUCGCAAAGGAAGAGCAGGUACUGGAGGCAAGCCGAUAGUCUGCUGGCGUGGAGUUGAGGUACCGCUCCCUUGGGGAACUAAGGAGGACCUGGCAACCGCGUGAGACCGAGCUGGAGGGGUGUAUGAUGGCAGAGUCUCUGGGUAUGGAUUUGUUGAGUGGUAUGAGGGAGCUUCCGAUACUGAGGUAACGAAAAGGUCAGUAAGGCUGGUCUCGUGCCAGGUAGUGGAGCUCUGGCAUCGAGCUCCAGUCUGGUAUAAGUAGAGCCGUUAUCCCAGGGGAAUACAAAGAAUCGCAACUACUUUUGCCUACUCACCAUAAGAAGGAGCAGCAGAGCGAAUAGAAGCUGUCUCGAAGUCGUCGUUGCUAUACCGAGGAGUUGCGAGAGCGCCCGUCAUGAUGGCAGAUUGCGGUGGAGGAAGCACAAUUGAGACCGAAGUGGAAGAGGGCUAGCACACGACAGCUCGAGCAUCAGUCCAAGAGAACUAUUGGGGACGCUGAGGUUAAGUAGCGAUACGAGACAAUAACAGGAUCACACGGCAGGCGGCUGGGACGCUUGAACGGUGCGUGGGAAGUCAGAAGGCAAGAUAAGUGAGACCUGUGAAAGUGUGCGAGAGCCAGAAUAAUGGCCUUUUUAACCAGUGUUUAAGACGCCAAGCUAGGUAAGACAGGGAGGGUCAGGAUGCCCAGGAGUUUGAUGCACAGCCGCGGAUAAACAUGCAUGGAGUUUCCAGGUAUGCAGGAGAGGAUGGUGGGAAGCAAGCAAGCGAGGUGAAGAGCCCAGCUCGGAGGAGUACAGAGUACAGCAAACCUAUUGGCGAGCGGAGCACUUCGGAGAAGUACCAGGUUCAACCCGAGCCAAGGUCUAGGCUGGGCAGCCGUAUCGCAUCGUGGCGUGGAUUUCUCUGGCGUGGAGGUUGCAAGGGGGACUGAGAUGCGGGGACACGUGAGAAAAGACACGACGAUGAUGCUGUGGAGGACCAUCGAAAGCACCAUGACGCGUUCUGUUCAAUGCAAGUCUUGAACAAAAGUCUCUUGCUUCUGGGCACUGUUGAGAAAGCUUGUUGAUGCCGCCCAGUGUGUAUUCGUGUCACAAGCUCUCCUGCAUGCGCUCUGUACAACCGCCGCAACUCCAACAAAAUGCGAAUGCAGGGUGCACAAGAGGAUCUAGAAGCUGCACAGU